AUGGCGGUGAAUAAAACAUACAUCAGUAUCGGCUAUGCCUCGUUUGGUAUGCUCAUGGGCUUUUCUGCUUUCCUGGCGUGGAACAUCGCGUUCAAACAGCCGUGGACUGCAGCCAUGGGAGGACUGUCAGGUGUGCUGGCACUUUGGACCCUCAUCACUCACGUCAUGUACCUGCAGGACUACUGGAGGACUUGGCUGAAGGGCCUCAAGUUCUUCUUCUUCAUGGGGGUCUUCUUCUCUGUUUUAGCAGUCGUGGCCUUCAUCACUUUCCUGUCUGUUGCCAUCAGCAACAAGGAGUCCCUGACUAACCCUCGGAGUCUCUACCUGUCCUGUGUGUGGAGCUUCAUGAGCCUCAAGUGGUCCUUCCUGCUCACCUUGUCAGCUCACCGCUACCGCAAAGAGUUCGCCGACAUCAGCAUCCUCAGUGACUUCUAAGGGUACUUAAACAUCUCGCUCUGACCACACAGACUUUGGAGACACACUCUCUGUGCUGGCUUCCCAGCCUGAGAGUCCAUGUGAUGGAGGACAUUUAAGGAGGAAUCAGAGGAGAGGAUGAAAUACUUUGUGUGGCGGAUGAGCACCCUGAUCCUGGUUACUCAUUUGCCUCCUCCUCCUCCUUUUUUUAUGUGUGCAGGGUUUGUUGCUAACUUGGCCACUUUACAGAAACAAAACCCAGUUCCUGUUUUAUAUGAUCCUUGAUAGAUUUUACAUUUUCACUUCCUCAGCGCCCUGCCUAGUCAUGCAUCUGCACAAUUUCCUCAUGACUAAAUAAAUCCAAAAUAUGCUUAUUUCAAAACCAUGACUCAGUGAAGGGAAUUGCCGCAUUACAACACACUCCUCAGUGGUGACUACCAGCUGCAGUGUCAUGCUGUAGCCAGUAGAGGGUGCCAUUGUUCCAAGAGUUAAACACCAUGUACAGACCGUGUGCUGCUCUGACUUACGUCUUCAUAUUAUAUUUAAUUUUUUUCCAGUACAUUGAAUGAUGAAGAGUCGAACAAGUUGCACAUGCAACAGUCAAAUGAAAUCUGCGUAUCAGAAAGCAUCAAUCCUAUGGUGAAUAUAUGAUGUACAUCCACGGCUUUAACAGAGCGUGUCGGGGUCUCGCAGAGGGCAGGUCACCCAAAAUCCUGCAGCAUCAACAUGAACGCUUUCAUGUAAUAAGCACCACAGUUUGAUACAUUUGUGAGCCAUGAAGGGGCAUUUUUAAUGUAAAGAGUGGUUUUUUUUUUUGUAUUAUUUUUAUCAGUGUGACAAAGGAAAGUACGUGUAAGUGUGACAUUAGGCCUCAGUUAUGGCUUUAACUCACCACUAAUGUGCAUGCAUGUCGCUUGAUGUUAUGUUAUCCUCAUCUGAACCAUUCAUGACAUUUAUAUUGUUGCUUAUUGAGAUUAUUAUUUCCUUUAUCUCUGUACAUUACCAUGUUAGAAAUGAAGAAGGGCGUUGUGUAUCCACGUUUAUCACUUGACUGAAUGUAGGAGCGUGUGUUUGUGUGAGUGUGUGUGAGAGUCACAUUAAUAAAAAUGUGUUUUUUGACA